AUGCUGACCUCCGGCCUAACAAAUGCGCCCCUCACCAAGGCGCUCCUAAUCUACACGAUCGCCUCCUCGAUCGCCCUCUCCCUCUUCGACAUAAAACACCUCGUCGUGAUCUAUGUAUCGCCUCAUUUCUGGCCCUAUGCCCAGUUCUGGCGUGCAUUGUUGUGGCAGGUCGUCGGCUUCACCAAUUCCACCGAGGCUCUCUUCGCUGCGAUGCUAGUUUACCAUCUGCGGGUUGUCGAACGCGCGUGGGGAAAGCGGAAGAUGGCGACCUUCCUGCUCACCACACUUCCCUACACGACUCUCCUCCCGCCAAUUCUCCUCGCCUUCGCAAUCCGCCCUCUAUCCCUAGGCAACCUCAAUUACCUUCCAUCCGGCCCAACGGCUACCAUCUUCGCCCUACUGGCGCAGUAUCACGCCACCAUCCCAUCCAUCUACCGCUACCGCAUCGGGUCCACAUCCUCCCCCACCACCACCGACAAUAAUACCAGCAAUGAUUCCUCCGCCGAUAAUACAGCACAGGCUUCCCAACCCAAACCCCGAACACCAAGCCUGUCCCUCCUCCUAUCCGACAAAUCAACCACCUACGUCGUCGCUGCUCAGCUAGCCCUCUCGCAGUUCCCCGCAAUGCUCCUCCCGUCAGCGCUGGGCUGGAUCGUCGGUGUAGCCUGGCGCGCGGACCUGCUACCGGGCCUGUCGUCGGCCAGCACCGGAUUCCGCGUUCCAGCUUGGGUGGUUGGCGAGAAAGAGCGGAGGGGUGGCUCUGGGUCUGGGUCUAGUGGCGCGGAGAGGGAGAGAUAUGAAGAUCUACGACGGAGGUUGGAAGGUGAAGUUGCUGCUUCGGCUUCGGGGUUGGAGGGGUCUAGUGGGCAGGCCCAGAGGCGCGCCGGUGAGGGUGAUGGCGGUGGGUUUGUUAAUCGAUUGGCGCGUGAUUGGUAG